UCUCGGCUGCUGGGGCGGGAGGAGGCGGGACUCCCACAACCGGAUAAAAAGCCGGUGGAAGCGGAGCCCAGCAGAUCACAGCUGGGCUGGCUGGAGAGACAGGAGAGGACCACGCCACCGAACUCCGACUAGGGCUGAGCCACACCGCCUCUCGUCAAUUGGAGAGUACUCUUCUGCAUCCCUACAUCCGAGCCACCUCGAGCAUCCUCUUCUGCAUUGCUGCAUCCGAGCCACCUCGAGCAUCCCCCUCUGCAUCCGAGCAUCCGAACGAGAGAGAAGCCGCCGCAGCCAUGUGUGCUCCCAGAGAAGUGGCGAUCGGCAUCGAUCUGGGCACCACGUACUCCUGCGUGGGCGUGUUCCAGCAAGGCCGGGUGGAGAUCGUGGCCAACGACCAGGGCAACCGCACCACGCCCAGCUACGUGGCCUUCACCGACUCGGAGCGGCUGGUGGGCGACGCCGCCAAGGGCCAGGCGGCCCUGAACCCGCACAACACGGUGUUCGACGCCAAGAGGCUGAUCGGCCGCAAGUUCACCGACUCCACUGUGCAGGCGGACAUGAAGCACUGGCCGUUCCAGGUGGUGAGCGAGGGGGGCAAGCCGAAAGUGCGCGUGUCCUACCGCGGGCAGGACAAGGCGUUCUACCCCGAGGAGAUCUCGUCCAUGGUGCUGAGCAAGAUGAAAGAGACAGCAGAGGCCUACCUGGGCCAGCCGGUGAGGCAUGCGGUGAUCACCGUGCCUGCCUACUUCAACGACUCGCAGCGCCAGGCCACCAAGGACGCGGGUGCCAUCGCGGGGCUCAACGUGCUUCGGAUCAUCAAUGAGCCCACGGCGGCCGCCAUCGCCUACGGGCUAGACCGGCGCGGUGCCGGAGAACGCAACGUGCUCAUUUUUGACCUGGGUGGGGGCACCUUCGACGUGUCAGUGCUUACACUCGACGCGGGUGUUUUUGAGGUGAAGGCCACGGCUGGAGACACUCACUUGGGUGGAGAGGACUUCGACAACCGGCUGGUGAACCACUUCGUGGAGGAAUUCAGGCGCAAGUACGGGAAAGAUGUAAGCGGAAACAAGAGAGCGCUGCGCAGAUUGCGCACGGCCUGCGAGCGAGCCAAGCGCACCCUGUCCUCCAGCACCCAGGCUACCUUGGAGAUAGACUCCUUGUUCGAAGGUGUGGACUUCUACACGUCCAUCACUCGUGCCCGCUUCGAGGAACUGUGCUCAGACCUCUUCCGCAGCACCCUGGAGCCCGUGGAGAAGGCCCUGAGAGAUGCCAAGCUGGACAAGGUCCAGAUCCACGACGUCAUUCUGGUGGGUGGUUCGACCCGCAUCCCCAAGGUGCAAAAGCUGCUGCAAGACUUCUUCAACGGCAAGGAGCUGAACAAGAGCAUCAACCCGGAUGAGGCUGUGGCCUAUGGGGCUGCUGUGCAGGCGGCCGUGUUGAUGGGGGACAAGUGUGAGAAGGUGCAGGAUCUCCUGCUGUUGGAUGUGGCUCCCCUGUCCCUGGGGCUAGAGACUGCCGGUGGAGUCAUGACCACGCUGAUCCAGAGGAAUGCCACCAUCCCCACCAAGCAGACCCAGACCUUCACGACUUACUCUGACAACCAGCCUGGGGUCCUGAUCCAGGUGUAUGAGGGUGAGAGGGCCAUGACAAAGGACAACAACCUGCUGGGUCGUUUUGAGCUCAGUGGCAUCCCCCCAGCCCCACGGGGAGUCCCUCAGAUUGAAGUAACCUUUGACAUAGAUGCCAAUGGUAUCCUGAGUGUGACAGCCACUGACAGGAGUACAGGCAAGGCUAACAAGAUCACCAUCACCAAUGACAAAGGCCGGCUGAGCAAGGAGGAGGUGGAGAGGAUGGUUCGAGAGGCAGAGCAGUACAAGGCUGAGGAUGAGGUCCAGAGGGACAGAGUGGCUGCCAAAAACUCCCUGGAGGCCCACAUCUUCCAUGUAAAGAGUUCCUUGCAAGAAGAAAGCCUCAGGGCAAAGAUUCCAGAAGAGGACAGGCUCAAAGUGCAAGACAAGUGUCAGGAAGUCCUCACCUGGCUGGACCACAACCAGUUGGCAGACAAGGAGGAGUAUGAGCAUCAGAAGAAGGAGCUGGAGCAAAUCUGCCAGCCCAUCUUCUCUAGGCUCUACGGGGGGCCUGGUGUUCCUGGGGGCAGCAGUUGUGGGGCUCAAGCCCGUCAGGAGAGGCCUAGUACUGGCCCUGUCAUUGAGGAGGUUGACUGAAUGGCCCCUAGUGAGAAGUCAGCUGUGAGAAGUCAGCUGUGACUGGAAGGGUUGGGCUUAUGGGCCUUCUGGACUGUUCUAUAUAAUCCUGCCUUGUAACUUCAGGGGUUGGUUGGGCAUCUUGUCCUCGAUGCUGGGAGUGGUUUCCUCAUUUUUCUUCUUUUGUUUUAUCUCACUAUGUUUUAUCAUUGAGGUCUUUGUUAUUGGAUAUUUUAAGUCCACUUCUCUCAUUUUAAACAACUCAAAGCGAUUUAUUAUUGUCUGUGUGGCCCUCUGACAUUGCCUUCAUGUCCAUUUUGUAUGUUUUUUAAUUGCAUGCAUGGGUUUUGUUAUGUGCAAUGUAGUUUUAGCUCUAAAUAAACGUUUAAAAACUC